AACUCGUAUACGUGAUUAUCCAUUAUCAGUUGAGAACGUAUACGUCUCUUUUUCAUCUGAAUUCAUCCAUCUCUAAGCUCCAUUUUUUUCUCUGAAUUCCAUUUGGUCUGUUCUGUUCGGUUAUGUUCUGAGGUGACAAAAAUGCCAAACAAUUCAGAUGAAGCUUUUGCGGUGCUUGCUCGUGGCCGUUUGGCCAUGCUCGCCGCUCACCUCCGCCCCUCUGAACUCACUGAUCACGACGUCCUCCACCCUCUCCCUCUCUCUGCUGAGUUUCUUCCGUCGAACCUCGCCGGCACUCUGACCGUGGUUGACGACAGAACCGGCAAGAAGUACCAGCUUCAGGUCUCCAAAGAAGGCACUGUCAGAGCUUCUGAUCUCAAGAAGAUAUCAACUGGGAAGCUUGACAAGGGACUCAAGCUUUAUGAUCCGGGCUAUUUGAACACAGCUCCUGUUCGAUCAGCAAUUAGUUAUAUUGAUGGUGACGAGGGGAUUCUUAGAUAUAGAGGUUACCCUAUUGAGGAGUUGGCAGAGAAAAGCACUUUCACAGAAGUGUCCUAUCUCAUAAUGUAUGGAACUUUGCCUUCUGAAAGUCAGUUAGCAGAAUGGGAAUUUGCCAUAUCUCAGCAUUCGGCUGUUCCUCAAGGAGUAUUGGAUAUCAUACAAUCAAUGCCACAUGAUGCACAUCCCAUGGGCGUGCUUGUUAAUGCCAUGAGUGCUCUUUCUGUUUUUCAUCCUGAUUCAAAUCCUGCACUCAGAGGUCUCGAUAUUUACGAUUCAAAGCAAAUAAGAGACAAACAAAUAACACGGAUUAUUGGAAAGAUAACAACAAUUGCUGCUGCAGUUUAUCUUAGAAUGGCAGGAAGGCCACCUGUGCUUCCAUCCAACACCCUUCCUUACACAGAGAACUUCCUAUACAUGCUAGAUUCAUUUGGUAAUCGGUCAUAUAAACCCAAUCCUCGGCUAACUCGUGCCCUAGACAUUAUCUUCAUCCUGCAUGCUGAACAUGAAAUGAAUUGUUCUACAUCUGCUGUCCGACACCUUGCAUCAAGUGGUGUUGAUGUUUACACUGCUAUUGCUGGGGCUGUUGGAGCUCUAUAUGGACCACUUCAUGGUGGAGCUAAUGAGGCUGUCCUUAAAAUGCUGAGUGAAAUUGGAACUGUUCAGAACAUUCCAGAGUUCAUUGAAGGUGUCAAAACCAGGAAACAAAAGCUCUCCGGUUUUGGACACCGAGUGUACAAAAACUAUGAUCCCAGAGCAAAAGUCUUGAGAAAACUGGCUGAGGAAGUGUUUUCCAUUGUUGGCCGGGAUCCUCUUAUUGAGGUGGCAGUUGCCCUGGAGAAGGUUGCACUAUCUGAUGAAUAUUUCAUAAAGAGGAAGCUAUAUCCAAAUGUUGAUUUCUACUCUGGAUUAAUUUAUAGGGCCAUGGGGUUUCCACCAGAGUACUUCACUGUUUUAUUUGCCAUCCCUCGAAUGGCUGGGUACUUGUCUCAUUGGAGAGAGUCCUUGGAUGAUCCUGAUACAAAGAUUAUGAGACCUCAGCAGGUUUACGUCGGAGAAUGGUUGCGAAAUUAUGUGCCAAUCAAUACAAGGACUCCAUCAAGUAAUGCUGACAAACUUGGUCAGGUGACCAUAUCAAAUGCCUCAAAGCGGCGGCUUGCUGGAUCCGGGGUAUAGCCUAGAGUCAGAAUUUAGUUUUAUGAGUGGCAUUACCAAAAGGUGAUAUCUAAUUCUCACGAAUGCAAAGGAAGAAAUAAUUCUUGUUGAUGGCUUUUGGCUAUAAUCAGGAUGACAAGUCCCUGCAUAAGUAUAAUGCUACUGGUUUCACAUCCAUCACCCACCAGAAGAAUGAUGCUGCUCUGAUUUGUUUAGCCUUUACGUGGAUGCCACGUUUCAGUACUAAUACUUUUAAAUUAUUUUGUUAAAUUGUUUCAAGGGAAUAAUAAAUAGAUUGGAAGCAUUAACAUGUAUAAUUGAUUGGAAAAACGUUUGUGUUAAAGAAGCAUACAGAGUUCGGUGCAAUAGAUAAAUAAAAUAUGCUGAAAUUUUAUCAGCACUUUUCUUUUCUUCUUA